GAGUCUGAAACUGCUACCGUCGUGGGAUGAAAAGCAGGAAAUGAAAGCGUCCACGAUGAUGAACUGUUUUUGCUGCGAUGAUGAUGAUGUCUGCUCGCCGUUAAGCCAAUGAGACUUUGAUUGAGGCAACAGGGUUAGUUAAUGAGUAACGCAGGAACAGUCCAACCUUCAGCAGACAUUUGUUCAGCUCUUACGGCACAAGAAGGCACAGAUCUGUGUGUUUACUGUCAGGACUCUGUGGAGGCUUUAUUUCUUCGUGUAAGGAGUUGUUUCGUUGGUCGUGUCUGAGAAAACAGUGCUGUCAUGGAUAACCCGAACCCUCAGACGCCGGCCACCGGCUCGGCGGCCAAACUUGACCAGGUGCAGGGUCAAGUCAACGAGGUGAAAGUUAUCCUGAAAGACAACAUCAGCAAAGUGCUGGAGAGGGGCGACAGGUUAGACGACCUGAUCGGCAAGACUGAUGACCUGCAGGCUUCGGCCGACUCAUUUCAAAAAACGUCCACGCGGGUCGCGAGGAAGUACUGGUGGAAGAACAUCAAAAUGAUGAUCAUCAUCGGCGUGAUUGUGCUAAUCGUCGUCAUCCUCAUCAUCCUCUUUGCCACGAAUACUAUCUAAAAAAAA